AUGUCCAACAAUAAGGAAUAAAUCAAGGCAGAACUUGAAGAGAACAGAAAGAAAUUAGCUGAAAAAUUUGGACAAACAAAAAUGGGCAGCACUUUGGCCAGAAGAAAGCAUAAAAAUGUUCACUAAACUUAAAUAAAUGACGAUAAGAAGCUUAAAUAAGUUAUCAAGAAAUUUGGAGUACAACAAUUAGGGAAUAUUGAUGAAGUCAACUUUUUCAAAGAUGAUAAUACAAUUAUUCACUUUUCAAAACCAGAAGUCCAAGCAGCUAUUGGAAGCAAUACAUUUGCCAUUUUUGGAAAUCCAGAAACUAAAAAGUUUGCAGAGUUGAUGCCAGAGAUUUUGAAUCAUAUUGGUCCAAACUAAAUGGGUCUUCUUUAAGAAUUAAUGAAAGAAAAUUAGUCUAAGGAAAAAGUUGAAAAAAUUGCUGAGGCUGAUCAAAAAGAUGAAGAUGAUAUUCCUGUAUUAGUGUAAGGGUAAAACUUUGAAGAAGCAAGCAAGAAAGAAUGAGUUACAAUAUCAUAUAUUAUGUAUACCAUCCAAUAUAUUAUUAACCAAUUUAUAUUA